AUGUGGGCUGCUGCCGGCGCGGUGCAGCAGUUGCUGGGUUUAUGUGGCGGGGCAGCUUUUCCAGAACGGCUCCUGACUGUGGAGCCUCCUGUUCCGGGGCUGCUCUCCUUGGCAUCGACUGGCCGAGGCGGCAGCUGCAGGGUCCCCGGCUUCCAGGCCUUCGUGGCCGUGCUGGGAGGAGGCCCUGAAACUGGUAGCGGUGAUAUAGGAGCCCGUGAAGAAAGCCAGAAGGAGAAGCAGAUGUGUGACCUUGGGUCCCACACGCUGGAGAUCUGCACGCCUGAACGGACCCGGCUGGUGCAGCUGGCGGUGGCCCUGCGUGAGUACCUGCUGCCUCCCUCGCCGGGGCCGUGUCCGGGCGGGACGGCUGCAGCGACGCUCGUCGAGCCGUGCUCCUGGCACAGGACGGUGGAGGAGUCUGCUGUUCAUUUGGGCGCUGCCCUGACCCGCUCCCAAGGGAUGAGCGGCCCCGUUGCUGUCAGUUCCGCUCUGGAGCGAGGGGAACCGAGAGACUCGCAGCGGCAAGACACCAAAGUAACGAGGCACUUUGAUAGGAGGGCGGCCGCUGCUCUGCGCCUGCUGGCGCUGCGCCUGCGUGCCCAGGCCGUGCGCAGAUGCAGCCGUUUGUUCUGUAUCUUCACCGUCCACUCGGACUGGGUGGAGAUCAUCGAGCCCCGCUCCCAGGAGCGGAUGUACGUCAACCUGACCACGGGCGAGUGCGGCUGGGACCCCCCUCCCAACCUGAAGGUGCGUCAGUCGGACCAGAGGCAGUGGUGGGAGCUCUUCGACCAGAACAACAACCGCUUCUACUACUACAAUGCCAUCACGCGGCAGACGCCCGGGACAACAGAGUUGGACCCCAAGCAGGAGAGCAGCAGCCAGGCCGGCGGCUGCAUAGGAUAUCAUUUCCCUUACAAUACUCUACGGAAGCCCAUCUCUCAGAGCAGCAUGGCAGACUGGGCUUCUAAGAACCUGAACAUGCACACGCAGGGCAUCUUCCGCCGGAGGAUCUCCAUUUCCAACAUGCUGUCCUGGAAUGGCGGCUCUAUCAAAAAGCCAAUGCUCAUCACUAGCAACCGCACCAUCAAAAAAGAGGCGUGUGAGAUGUUCAAACUGGUGCAGAGCUACAUGGGAGAUCGUCAGACUCGCAUGGACCGGAAUCACGUGGCAUUGGUCACAGUCACCAAGUGCUGGAGCGUGCAAGGCUUACGGGAUGAGCUCUACAUACAGCUGAUCCGGCAGACGACGGAUAACACGUGCUACCGAAGUCUGGCGUGGGGCUGGGAACUGAUGGCCAUCAGCCUGGCCUUCUUCUCCCCAUCACCCAAAUUUCAGUCUUACCUGGAAGGUUACAUCUAUCGCCAUCUUGACAGCGAUGAAAACAUUGCCCAGCGCAUCAAGGAGCUUGUGGAUCUGAAAAACAAGAAGAACUCAAAAUCCAGGAAAAAGAGGAAACAAAACACAGAGGAUGAAGGUCUGCCCAUCAGCACCUACGCCAAGUACUGCUACCGGAAACUCCAGAAAGUAGCCGUCACCGGAGGCAAAAAGGGCCUCCGGAAACCAACCGUGGAGGAGAUAACACAUGCCAGGAACGCCAUCGUGACGCCAUCCCUCUUCGGCAGCUCGCUGGAGGAAAUCAUGCUGCGGCAGCAGGACACGUACCCGGGUCACAAGCUGCCCUGGGUGCAGACACAGCUGUCGCAGCAGGUCUUGGCUCUGGGAGGAGAACAGACGGAGGGCAUUUUCAGGAUACCUGGUGACAUAGAUGAAGUCAAUGCCCUGAAGCUGCAGGUGGAUCAGUGGAGAAUCCCAAGCGGCCUCAGUGACCCCAACAUCCCAGCUGAACGUCUUCUUAUUACCUUGCAGAUCUUUGCUCAGCCGUCAAAUGUGGGCAGAACGAAGAUGGACGUGAAUAACCUGGCCAUGGUGAUGGCCCCCAACUGCCUGCGCUGCCAGUCUGACGACCCUCGCGUUAUCUUUGAGAACACGCGCAAAGAAAUGUCCUUUCUUCGCAUGCUGAUAGUGCACUUGGACACGAGCUUCAUCAAAGGGCUCGUCUGA